AUGCAUGUUCAAACUCGUAUUGAUGAUGGACACAUCGCAUGCGUUCAUAGAAGGAGUCAGCCAGAGCCUUGUCCGAUGUUCCAGUUCAUGAGAUGGCUUGGUGGUGGUAGAUUUGGCGAUAUUCAUCUAGGAAGGAGGCUCAAAGAUGCUAAAGAAAUCGUACUGAAACUUAAAAUCGAACAUGUGAUAUAUAGCAUUCUUCACAAUAGAAAGAACAAGAAACUUGAUCAUUUCCCAUUUUUUCACAGGUUCGAGCAUUCCGUGAACCUCAAUUACACCGAGUACAGAGACGGAAAAUCGUUGGAUUCUGGAAUGGACAAAUUCAACUUCUUGGCGAUUGAGCGACUUGGACCUGAUUGUUCCAAACUCCUUGAUCAUGCGAAACAACAAGAACUCUACAAGAAAAACAGCCAUCCUAAUCAAGAAUUCAAUCGAGGCUUGAGUUAUACAACAGUGGUCGAAGUUGGGGAGCAACUUUUUUCCGCCUUGAAAUACAUGCAUGAGAAGGAGAUAAUCCAUCGCGAUAUCAAGCCGCAGAAUAUUUUGGCCGGGAGAGGAAAAGAUCGCAUCCGAAACAUCUUCCUCGUCGACUUUGGUGUGGCAAAGCGUUUCAAGGAAGAGGGAAAAUUCAUGAAGGAUGGAAUCGGAACCCGCGUGGGAAGUGCUCAUUAUCACUCGAUUAAUCUCAUGUACGACGAUGCAUCAGUCAGAGAUGACUGUAUUUCAGCAAUUUACGUCCUUGUUGAACUGUACAAAAGCAAGCUCUGGUGGGAGCACUUGCAUCCAAAUAAUGAGGAUGAAGAGAUGUGCGAGAUGAAGACUGAAUAUCUUGAUGAGGAUAAAUGGGCUGAUGAGUUCCCAGAGCUCGUACCACUUUGCAAGGUUCUGGUAGAGCUGCAUAUCACCCUCUUCGACGAAAUGCCCCCGUAUGCGCUCAUCAAAACCACCUUCGACGAAAUGAAAACUUCCAAAUUCUACAAAGAUCAACAACUCGACUGGUUGAUUGAAGAAAACGGCUUCAAAAAGCUCUGGUGA